AUGUGGAAUGCUCCGGCGCAUCCGCCAGUUUUGGGUUCCUUUUGUGAUAGGCGUAGUGGCCUAUACUACCUCGCAGACCCUGGCGAGAUACCCUCAGCUGAAACCUUUGAUGGCGACCGUGAAUGGCCUUUGUCGCAAGAUGCGGGACGGCCCUCCUCUUUCAACUUCGCGAUUAUCUUCCCCAUCAUUGUUGGCUCGCUGAUAGUACCGCGCUUCCUCCAAGUGAGGAUAAUGACUUCUCAACACAUGGAUGUUGAGACAUUCCCUCUGUGCAGGCUGAAAUGACUGCCCUCUGCUACAAAAUCAAGUCGUCUCUGCUGUUCGCCCUCUACGAUCUCCUUGGCGAUCUGGCGGUGCCCUAUGCUGACAUGCUCCAUGUCAAUGCCAUCCGGAUCUGCACACGUAUCCGCGACGGCCGCUGGCCCAAAGCGGGAGACACGGUUGGCAUCCAUGGCCUUUCCGAGACUUCAGGCAGCAGCGAGACAACCCGCACACGGGCAACGAGAAGGAAGGGAGCAGCGUUAUUCAUCAAACGAGCCGGCAGUGAGAUCUAUCAGAGUGUGAUGCGGGCAGGCCGCAUGCGGUCGACAACAAGCGGGCUAUCAUCCAUGGCGUCCGUGGUCGAUCCGCAGAGCAACUUUAUGGCGUAUGACGUCCGUCCGAGGUACCUUCGGGCGUUGGCGGACCAAACUCAUGCCUACAACCAAGCCGUCAUGAAUCUGUCGUUGAUGCAGUGGCCUGAAAAACGGGUCCCUCAACGUGUGCUUCGUCAAUUCCAUCGUCCAGCUGAUGGUCCACUCGCUGCGCCUCAUCGGUACCUCACCCGGACACAGAGCGCAUGAAUAUGCACACAUGGCGACCUUUGUGUCUGUUCCGUGUUGCUGUGCGUAAGUGAUGUGUUUCAGAGCCUGUCCGAGUAUCUCACGUCGGUUUUCCCAGAUGUAG